UUAAAAAUUAAUCGGGAGAAUGAUGAUGAUGGUUGGUUUGUGGGGCGCUCAAUUGCGUACACAGUCCAGUCUAGCCACUUUUAUGAAAGAUGGAAUGAUGAGGACAACACAAACAACACCCUAUCCUCAAACAGAGAAAAUCGCCUACCCGUCGGUAAUCGAACCUGGGACCCCGUGAUCCAUAAUCGGGGGAAGCAGUUUUUCUGUCCACCUUGGAGCACCUACGCCUCAUGCAACGUGUACAAGCCUUUCUACCCAUAUGAUGCAUACACAUCACAUUCGAGCAGCAAACAUCAAGUCUGCAUUCAUAAAAGCUUCGUGAUGCAGCUCCGACAUGGUGGAGUGGAAAUCGAGUCAGCAUGGAGAACUGUUUCAGAUUUCGAGUUUGAACUAUUUCCAUCACUGUCGCUAUUAAGUCAGCACGCAGACAAUCUCACUGAUGCAGCAACAAAUAUAUUGAAUCAAGACAUGAAACUGUUUCCAGCCUUCUACUUUCCACUAUAUCCAACGUCUGCCCAACCCACUGAGCCUCAGCUAAGUUGUUACAGAGUACUAUUGUUCAACACUACUUAUCAACUGACCGCUAAAAGAUCGAAACAUUUUAAUGUUGGAUUGGCACCUAACAUAGACUUCAAAGUUGUACUGGAAAUAGGGAAUGUCCAGAAGGGUACAAAUUUGCAUUUCAGGAAUACGGAGUUGGAUCAACUGUGCAGCAAGCUGAAAUACAUCGGGGAUUGCAUGACCGCUGAGAGCAUUCCAUUCUCUCGAGAUAUCAAUAUCUUUUGCAGCAGCUGUGUAUCCAUCAUCAACAUGUUUGGUGGUAAUAAGAUGAGGUUAAAGUCUCAAGACCCAACACAAUAUACAUAUUUAAAGCAUCUGAGUUUCAUUAACCUGCGUGAUCUGUACAUGGAGAGACUCAGUCUAUGGCAAAGGUAUAUUAAAUCACUCUUUGAUCAUAUUGUCAAGUAUCUAUUGGAACAUGAAGUUCAUGAUGAAGAUGAGGAGUGAAAUGUGUCUAUAAUUGUGUAUAUGUGUGCUACAGCUUAGUCUGUUUGUAUUGCUUCUACAAACAGAGAUUCCAUGGGACUGGAGUUUAAAUUAGGCCUUCCUAAGUCUAUUAGUGUUCCACUAGUAUUGCGAGAAAUAUAUUAUGUAUUUAAAGCAUAUACAAAACAGUUAUUUAGAAAAUAUUACAGAGGGGUGAAUAGGGUUGAUGUAGAAAUAAGAGAAUGACAAUGUUUUUUCAAUGAUGGUGAUUUAUUUCCCACAGUUCACAAGUACCAAAUGUGAUUUAACA